AUGGAACCGAACUACAGACUCCUCAAGAUUAUUCUGUUCUCCAUGCUGUUCUGCAUCAGAGUUCAUUGUAAGAGCAUCGUUCCGAGGGACAGUAACUACAGUCCAAUCGAUUCGCAAGGAUCAAAGUGGAUCGAUUCAACAUUCAAAUUAAAUGACAAAGGAGCGAUGUACAUUCUUCUGGCCGAGGCGUGCAAGGAUGCCGGGUACAUAAGGAGCCCAGAAAAUUUAAAUCCACUGUCUACAAUAGAACCAUGGCCUAUAUCAUCAGUGGAGAACCUAAUGAAAGGAACAUCUGGAUUACAAACAGAAUUAUCAGAAUCACCGCGUAUAGCUAGAUCGAUACGACCACCUGAACAACUAUAUGGACCACGGCGGAAACCUACCGGAGCCGAGACAGCACCUACUGCACCACAGACAGGACUUUUAGACCACAGCCGGAACCCACUGCAACACAGCCAGAAUCAACUGGAGCACAACCAGAACUUACUAGACCACAGCCAGAAUCAACUGGAGCACAGCCAGGACUUCCUAGACAACAGCCAGAACCCACUGCAACACAGCCAGAAUCAACUGGUGCAAGACCAGGACUUACUAGACCAUAGCCAGAUACCACUGCAACACAGCCAGAAUCAACUGGAGCACAGUCAGGACUUCCUAGACAACAGCCAGAACCCAUUGCAACACAGCCAGAAUCAACUGGAGCACAGCCAGGACUUCCUAGACAACAGCCAGAACCCACUGCAACACAGCCAGAAUCAACUGGAGCACAGCCAGGACUUAAUAGACCACAGCCAGGACUUACUAGACCACAGCCAGAAUCUACUGGACCACAGCCAGAAUCAACUGGAGCACAGCCAGGACUUACUAGACCACAGCCAGAACCCACUGCAACACAGCCAGAAUCAACUGGAGCACAGCCAGGACUUACUAGACAACAACCAGAACCCACUGCAACACAGCCAGAAUCAACUGGUGCAAGACCAGGACUUACUAGACCAUAGCCAGAUACCACUGCAACACAGCCAGAAUCAACUGGAGCACAGCCAGGACUUACUAGACCACAGCCAGAAUCUACUGGACCACGGCCAGAAUCUACUGGACCACAGCCAGAAUCAACUGGAGCACAGCCAGGACUUACUAGACAACAACCAGAACUCACUGCAACACAGCCAGAAUCAACUGGAGCACAGCCAAGACUUACUGGAGCACAGCCAGAACUUACUAGACCACAGCCAGACCCCACUGCAACACAGCCAGAAUCAACUGGAGCACAGCCAGGACUUACUAGACAACAGCCAGAACCCACUGCAACACAGCCAGAAUCAACUGGAGCACAGCCAGAACCUACUAGACCACAGACAGGACCUACAGGCAGGACAGGAGCAGCAGGAUCAAAGACCAGAAAUCUAAAAACAAGCCCAGUGAGUUUUGUAGAAACAGACAGUGAAUCAGAGAAAAUCCAUUCAACAGAAGCACUAGUGGCCGCUAUCCUCGGAGCACUGGUAGUCGGCUUGAUCAUCGGAUGUCUGUUUCAUAUCCUAUACAUCAAUAAAAGAA